CCCUAGGCAUUCACACAUCCCAGCAACUCUGCAAGUGAGCAGUUGAAGAAAAAGGAGGAGAAGAGCUGGACGGACAAAGAGGAGGAAGAGAAAGACGGAGAAGGUGAAACAAGGAGGAGGAGACGAAGGGAGACGUACGGCAAACUUGGACAGGUAAAAACGCAGCUAGCAACCACAACACCGAAAAUUUCAUUUCUAUGGCUACCAUGAAUGUUGCAGAUGUAUCCCAGUCAUCCACCAGCACCACCAUCACAACAAACGGCAGCACCAUCACCACCACCGGAAUCCCUGCUGCCGCCGCCGGCAGCAUCACCACCACCACUAUUGCCAACAGCACCACAAGCCCUGCAACACCAAGCAGAUAUGAAUCCCAAAAGAGAAGAGACUGGAACACCUUUGGGCAGUAUCUAAGGAACCACAAGCCACCACUAUCACUGUCAAAGUGCAGUGGUGCACACGUGUUGGAGUUCCUGCGCUACCUGGACCAGUUCGGCAAGACCAAGGUGCACACCCAGAUCUGCCCCUUCUUCGGCCACCCUAACCCCCCGUGCCCAUGCCCGUGCCCGCUUCGGCAGGCCUGGGGCAGCCUCGAUGCGCUCAUCGGCCGUCUCCGCGCCGCCUAUGAAGAGAACGGCGGUAAGCCGGAGGCCAAUCCCUUCGGCGCCCGCGCAGUGCGACUCUACCUAAGGGAGGUGAGGGAAUUGCAGGCGAAGGCAAGAGGAAUCGCUUACGAAAAGAAGAAGAAAAAGCGCCCGCCCCCUACAGUGCAGCAGCCACCAUCAGCUCAGCCGCCUGAGACUGUGAAGACAGCCGGGAUGCUGAUCUCCGACAAAGAAGGCGGGCACGUCGUGGCAGAAUCGGGCGAUCGCGCAGGAGGUUCGAUGGUCGGACUGCCUGUGAUGAGAAGGGGCCCGUCUUAAUGGGCACCAGUGGGUGGAAUUCCCUCUACAGCUGCAAAACGUGAAAACCUUCAUCUGUGAGCAUCGCAGUGAUUGUUGGCUCAGGAAGCCUUCAACUUGCACCCCACAUCCUACUAACUUUGAUUUGAUUAUCUAUGUAUUGCCAUGGCCACCGUCAUCCAUCCGUUUCUAUCAACUAGUGUCUCCUUCUUAUGUGUAGGGAGGGGUUAGAAUUAUUGCUUAUUACAGGAAUACUGGUGUCCAUGGUCAUCAUAUGGUUAAGAGUCGUACAAGUAUUGGCAGUCAUAGUUGUAGUAUCAGUAGCGUCAGGGCCAACAGUAGCAGUAGUAGUAGUUGAAGAAGCAGAUUGAAGAAGAGGAAGAAGAAAGUGAUAACGUCAUGAUGGUGGUGACAUGAUUUACUUUUUAUCUUCGUUUUUUCCCCCUUAUUUGGUAUUGAGUAUGAAGGUCACUCUUGUGGUGCAUGCGCAUCUGCCAUGUGUUCCAAUGUUGAAACCUUAUAACGUCGUAUGCAGGCGGUUAGAGAAACUUAGUGUGUAUCUUCGUUUUGUUUGCAGAUAAAUAAUUUAAUUUCCAAAUAAACUGUUCAUAGAUGA